AUGACGACGCUACAACAGCAACAGCAACAGCAACAGUCAGGGAGCGGCAGAGGUGGCGGCGACAAGAGGAUAAGGAGUCGCCUUCGGUUGCUUGGCGCGUUCGCUGCGCUUGUGGUGUUCUUGCUGGUGGUGGAUACGUACACGGCGUCGUCCAGAGGUGGUGGUGGUGGAGUAGGCAAGGCCGUGCUGGAGCAUGCCAAGACAGCUGUCGUGGGCGAUCAGUGUUUCUUUCGACCGCACGUGAUCCCCAAGAUCGCCUGCAAGAACUCGCCUUUCUUUCUUGUCCACUUCCCGCUUAGCGGUGGAACAAGCCUUCACGCAAGUAUCGUCAAGGUCCUAAACAAAGCGCUCGAUCGCACACCUCGUCCUUGUCCAGGAAACUACGUCACGGAUUCGAUGCGGCUGGGAUCCAAGAAAGGCAACUGUUUUGGGCAAUUCUAUAUUGAUAAGCAAGCCCAAGACAAGCUCGUGGCCAACCUGACACGCUGGGACACGUGCGACUUUGUGACGAGCCACGACUCGAUAUCCGUGUACCUGAGCUUACCGUGCAACAACUUCCGCACCAUUGCAUUGCUGAGGCACCCGCUAGAGCAUCGUUGGUCCAUGUGGAACAAGCACUGGCACGUGGACCCGGCCGAGCACAACAACGACUUCGUGCGCUGGCUGCAGCAGGAUAACCUUGCACACGUGUACCAGUUUCAGUUCUAUGCAGACGUUCUGCCCUCAUUCCCGGCCACCUACCUGCACCCCGACGAUGUGAAGGCCGUGCGCAAGGAUAUGGACUUGGCGCUGCGCGUGGCCAAGGACAACCUGGACACGUUUGCCGUUGUCGGCACGACCGAACGCAUGGGAGACACGAUCCGCGCGCUCGCGCUCACCAUGGGGCUGAGCCGCGAGCAGGCCGAUGCCUUGGUGGAAGGCACCACGCACGUGCACCAGAACGCGCACAAGUCCGCGGUGCCGGCGGAAGCGCAGCGGGCGGAGGUGUUGGACGGCGUGUUGCGGCACGAGAUGGAGCUGUACAGGCACGCCAACGCCAAGCUCGACCGCACCCUCGCAUCCUUUGGUGAGAGCAGUGAACGUGGCAGGCGCAGUGGUGGUGGUGGUGGUGGUGGUGGUGGUGGUGGUGGUGGUGGGGAUGAUGACACGGGGUUACGUUAAGGAAUUGUGAUGGUGGCGGUAAAGGGUGAUGGUACGGAACGGCAGUGCAAACGAUGAGAACGAUAGUGGAUUCUGGGAUGAUGGAGGGGGCGGGGAGGAGGAGAAAUAGGUUAUGAGCAGCUGUGUAUGUGCAUCUGUGUACCUGCGUGUUCGUAUUCGCCCUUUCUCGUGUCUGUGUGUGUGUGUGUGUAUGUGUG